AUGGAAGAAGAGGAGAGACUGAGUGUCCCCAACUGUGGCCUGCCUUUCCCUCCCCAUAGCUACGCCAAGACACUGUUCGUAUCCUCCCUUGAGCACGUCUUCCCUCCCCAGAGCUCCUGGGGUGUUACCCCAAUGAAAACCACUCUUUCGGGCCUCUCCCAGGGGCACACCUCACCCUUCCCUAUGCCCCGCCUGGUACAGACCUCUCCAAAUAGCUCAGCACCAGGAAACAUGGUAGAAUGGUGCUUACCUCAAGAUGUCGACCUCGAAGGGGUUGAGUUCAAAUCCAUGGCCAGUGGGUCUCAUAAGAUCCAGUCUGACUUCAUCUAUUUCCGCAAGGGCCCCUUCUUUGGCCUGGCCUGCUUCGCCAACAUGCCGGUGGAGAGCGAGCUGGAGCGCGGCGCCCGCAUGAAGUCUGUGGGCAUCCUGUCUCCCUCCUACACCCUGCUGUACCGCUACAUGCAUUUCCUGGAGAACCAAGUUCGGCACCAGCUGGAGACUCCAGGACAUUACUCUCAUCUGGCUGCAUUCUACGAGGACAAGAAAGGGGGUCUCCAUGCUGGUCCGGGGAGAGGUGGCUGCCUGCCACCCGUCUACUGGCUGCCCUCCAUCCACCGGUACAUGUACCCUGAGAUGAAGAUCACGCACCCAGCUGGCUGCAUGUCCCAGUUCAUCAAGUUCUUCGGAGAGCGGAUCCUCACCCUCUGGAAGUUUGCCUUACUACGCAAGCGCAUCCUGAUAUUCUCGCCCCCGCCUGUGGGCGUCGUGUGCUAUCGAGUGUACUGCUGCUGCUGCCUGGCCAAUGUCUCGCUGCCCGGCAUCGGGGGGGCCAUCCCCGAAUCCAAGCCUUUCUUCUACGUGAGCGUGGCCGACAUCGACAGCCUGGAGGUGGAGGUCUCCUACGUGGCCUGCACCACUGAGAAGAUCUUCGAGGAGAAGCAUGAGCUGUAUGAUGUCUACGUGGACAACCAGAACGUGAAGACGCACCACGACCGCCUGCAGCCCCUGCUGAAGAUCAACAGUGCCGACCGGGAGAAGUACCGGCGGCUUACGGAGCAGAGGCAGAUGCUGCUGUACUCCCAGGAGGUGGAGGGGGACUACAACCCGUGUGAAGAGGACCUCUUCGUGCUGUUUUUCCUCGAGCAGAACAACCGGAUAUUCCAGACACUGCUGGAGGUGUCUGCAAGUCAAGACAAGACGCUGACAGCAGAGCAUGCCCGGGGCAUGGGCCUCGACCCUCAGGGGGACCGGGGCUUCCUCCUGGACCUGCUCGAGGCCUACGGCAUUGACGUCAUGCUGGUCAUUGACAACCCCUGCUGCCCGUAG